GACCCCAGUUCUACAGGAACGAUGCAGCGGCUACAGAGUGAAAAGAGCAUCCUGGAUGAACCAGACUCUCCUCUAGAGGUGAGAUAAUCGUGCUUCCCGUCUGUUUCUUUGUGUUUCUCUCUUGAUCAUUUUCUUCCUAUUGAUAGAGAACAGCUGAACAUUAUACUUUAACUUUCAGCACCAUGGACAGCAUCCCAGUUACCUUAGCUCAUUUGAUAAUUCUGCUUUUGCAAACGUCUUUGCAUACAUAGCUUUUAAACCUUAUGCCGUGGAAAUUAUUUUUAUAUGCGCGUUUAUUUGACAUUUCCAAAAUACCAUAGGAAUGUUGUUGAUCCAUGUCCACUGCUCAGCACUACAGUAUAUAAUAUAAAUCUUAAUCCUAAAUAUGUUACUUUUUCGCUACUGUGGAUUACAGGUGAUUGAACUAGCCUCCAUAUCUGUAUUACACACCCUUCAAUCAAGUUAGUUGUUUUAAUACAGGUUCCAGUGAUGUGAUUUCAGAAUAAGAGCAUUGGUAUUUAUUUUCAGGUUUUACAGCUUGUGUGGAACUUAAGUUAAAGGUAGUUGUUCAAUUCCUUCAAUUGGACUGUGAUGUACAGUCUCUGAGGGAAAUUUGAUUCUCCACGGAUACCCCCCCACCCAUUUAUUUGCUUUAAUACGAACUGAUUAACACCAUUCUGUAGAUCCAUUUUGAUUGUUCGCAGUCCUCAAAUACUCUGUAAUGAAUUGCAUCAUAUGAUUAAUACCCCGAUGUACUGUUGAUUUUUUUUUGAUGUUUGUUUAGCUCUUUGAUAGUAUUGCUCCUCUCUGUAAGGGGAAUUGUCGGUAUCUUUUUACCAUGGAUAUUGAAUUUGAAUAAUUUUCCAUCCAGAUGUUGAUAUUCAUUGACUGGACUCUAAGGGACGCUGUUGGUCAAGUAAAAACAAAUCCGAACAAAUGUUUUAGGCGGUGGCUUUGUGCUCUGUGGAGAGUCGGUAUGCUUUAUUGAAUGGCGUCGAGGUGGGCGCAGACAGACUGCUUGGUUUCAUAUUUAACAGCACGAGAGAAAGGAAGCUUGGAAUACAGAUCGUUCAAUACACUAACGUGGAUUGCGUUGCUGUUCACACUUAGGUUUUCUAAGAAGUGUUUGGUAGGUAUAAUUUCAUAUCGUUUAUUUGAUAACAUGGAUUGCGGAAAAUAUGACUACCGGCCUCUAAGAUGGCGUUUGUGCUACAGACUGACGUCGCAAAUCGUUCUGUUUUGCAUUUUUCUCAGUCAUAUUGCCAGUGGUCAAAUACGUUAUUCAAUCCCAGAAGAGAUGAAGAAGGGAUCCCUCAUUGGUAAUGUCGCAUUGGACCUUGGAAUUGAUAUGCAGAGGCUCCGUUCUGGUCGGGCCCGUAUCGUGACCGGAGAAAGCAUCCAGUACACCGAGCUGAAGACAGACAAAGGGACGCUGGUCGUGAAUGAGAGAAUAGACCGAGAACAGCUUUGUGGAGACGUCACUCCGUGCAGCUUCAGCUUUGAUCUGAUUUUAGAAUUCCCGAUGGAACUACACCACGUCACGGUCGAAGUAUUGGACAUUAAUGAUAAUUCACCUUCUUUUCAUCAGAACGAAAUGCAAUUGACGAUUGGAGAAUCAGCCGCACCGGGAGCACGUUUUGUUUUGCCUACAGCCAAUGAUCCUGAUGUAGGAGCCAACGGGCUCCAGGACUAUAAUUUAUCUCCAAAUGACAAUUUUAUUUUAAAAAAACAUUUAAAUUCUGACGGAAGAAAAUAUGCGGAAAUGGUACUUGACAAACCACUGGAUAGAGAGCGAUAUCCAAGUAUGUCCCUAAAGCUGAUAGCAGUGGACGGUGGGACGCCACAGAAAUCUGGUAUUGUAAAUAUAGAUAUCACUGUCCUAGAUGCUAACGAUAAUUCUCCCAUUUUUAAUCAGUCAGUAUAUAAGGCCAAUGUAAUGGAAAAUGCUGCAAGAGGUACCUAUAUCAUCACUGUAAAUGCUACUGACGCAGAUAGUGGAUCCAAUGGGUUGAUCUAUUAUUCUAUUUCCAAAAUGCAAGGCAGUAUUGACAGCAUAUUUGAAAUUAAUAAAACAACGGGUGUGAUAUUUCUCUCAGGGCAGGUUGACUAUGAAAAAGCAAAGAAAUAUGAAAUAGGCAUUGAAGCCACCGACCAAGGAGCUUUAACAGACUCGAGUAAAGUUAUAGUUGAGGUGAUUGAUGUGAACGAUAACCCCCCUAUCAUUAAUGUGAUGUCAUUCACUAGUCCUGUGUCAGAAGAUUCCCCUCCUGGUACAACUAUUGGCAUUAUAAAUGUAAAAGAUCUUGAUGCAGGUGAUAAUGGACAAGUACAUUGUAGAAUAGAAGAAAAUGCACCUUUCAAAAUUAAAUCUAAUUUAAGAAAUUACUAUACUUUGGUAACAGCUACUGCAUUAGAUCGUGAAACAGUUUCAGAAUAUAACAUCACUGUUGUUGCGACAGAUGCAGGAAUGCCUCCUCUCUCAACUAAAAGAACCUUUCAUUUAAAGGUCUCUGAUGUGAACGAUAAUGCUCCUGUGUUCCCACAAAGUGUUUACACUGCGUUUAUUGUGGAAAACAACUCUCCAGGUGUUUCUCUUCUUACCAUAAGAGCACAAGAUCCUGACGAAAACCAAAACGCCCGUAUAUCAUAUUUUCUAGAUGUUAAUGACGUAAGCGGAUCUCCACUGUCUGAAUAUAUUUCUAUAAAUGCAGAAAGUGGAGUGAUACAUGCCAUGCGCUCAUUAGAUUAUGAACAAAUCAAACAGCUGCCUUUUGUUGUCAAAGCGCAGGAUGGAGGCUCCCCUCCACUCAGUAGC